GGGUGGGCAUCUCGACCAGCAACCGAGCGAGGGUGCUGAGGGGGGUCAGCUGUGAGUCUCUAGAGUGAGUAGGUCUUUGUCUCACCCCGAGUCAUCAUAUUUACGCGAGAGGAUCAGCACGGCCGCCGCCAAAACCAUUUUUCCCUGAUGUUUGAGAGCAAUUUGGCCAAAUUUUAUCUUGGCGUGCUCCUUCUGCUGGCCAGCAGCGGCAUGGACGGGGCCUACCUUGAUUCAACAAUUUCCAAUGGCACGUCGCAUCCGAUGAGAGCAUCUUGCAGCGCUCUCGCGUUAAAUUCGUCACAUGACCAUAUCGACAGAUAUGGACAAUUUGCCUCCGGCUGCUGCAUAUCUGAGCAGUAUGACUUUGCAUACAUGAGGGCGGCACAAAAAAUGGCGGGGACCACCGUUCAAAAGUCAUAUUUGCUGCCUUCUUUCUGCGAUGUACUGUUCAAUUCACACGGUCACGGGCAGCGGCUUUUUGGAGGAGCCGUUAUACCGACGGGAUGUGAGAGUUACCUACAGCAGCAUGGUUUUCUUGACUGCACAUGCAACACGACCAUACAGCGACUGUCAACCAUCGGGAGCACCUUCAUAAACGUGCGCAAUCCGUUUGCCAGGUUCAUUUCUAUCUACAAGUAUGUCCUUCAAAAUUGGAGUGUCCGGCAUAAAAACCAAAAAUAUGUCGGCAUUUCGAAAUUCCUUGAACUCUUUUCGGGUCCCAAAAGAUUCACUGUCGACAUUUUCUUUGAUCAUGAGGCUGGCUCUGGACAUUGGUAUUCGCAGAUGUUACACGUGUUUUCCAUAUGUAAAUAUCUACCAAACACAGCCCUCAUUCCUCUGGAACCCGAUGUGUUGCAGAAUUUGGCCCCUGUUGUGCAGUCAAUAAAUUCUAGGCGAAACCCCGAGUUGCCGGCGAUGAUGGAUCCCCAAAAAUAUUCAUCGCGUAACCGCAUGUCAUAUGCAUGUCCUUGGCAAUGCUAUUAUGAGCUUUGCCAGAAACCCUGUUUUGAUUUUGUUUCGAAGCAAUAUGACCUCGACAUCAUGGCGCUCGACAGCAUAGGUAUCUAUCCAGCUCCACACACAGUUGCGGAUCUCUGGUUGGAUUCGCAGGAUUUGAAUGCUUCCUGGUUGACCAUCCCCAACAGGACACGAGCUUGUUUGCAGGUGUGCCAGUGAUUUUUAUUCAUUUUAGCUAAAAUGCCGGCGGUGAUAGAGCACACGGUGGCCUCAUUUUGCGGUCGGAGAACGGAUUUUUCUUGAGAUCCCCCUUGGACGACGAUUGCGCGCGAUGCGUUCCACCAGGACGCCCACCCGAGACAGACACGGCGCCGCAACUCAAGAACAUUGCCCCGAUGCAUACAUGAGGGAGCAUACAGCAAUCUUUCAAGAUGCUUCCAGGGCUGCUGCCAUCCGCCGUCGGCGACCAGUCCCUGGGCAGUAAACUGCUGCAGGAAAUAAGUAGGGUGCGGUGGUAUACCGACCCUCUGCAACGGUGUGAGUGAGUUUG